UCACAUAGCUGCUUAACUUGCAAGUAAAUUUUGUUAUAAAUAUACCACAGUAGUUGUAAUCUGUCAUAUUGAACAGGGACAUUCGUGACAAAAUGACUGUCAAAGCUUUAGUAUUGGUGUUAGUUAUUGGAAUAUGUUCGGCCUGUGACAUCUCGAAAGACUGUAACGAUUAUGAAGGCAGAAGUUUGUGUUACGAGAAGGAUUGCAGACGAGAUGUUCCGUGUAAUAAAGAUAACGAUUGUUUCUUCUAUGGAGCAUCAGACGUGAGUCAAGGGUUCCCGCAUCCGAAAUGUUUCUUGAACCCUAAGGUCCGUAGUGCCCCGGGAUACGGUGUGUGUAUGGAAAGUGAACUGGCCGAUGGCCUUGAACGUCUACCUGGUGAUGACGUCAUCGAUAUAAGACCUCUAGAGGAGAAAUUUGACACGUUACGUGAUGCUCUCAAAACACCUUUUCAUAGGCUUAUUAAAAAGAAAUAAACAGUUUGAAAAUAAAGUAAUGGAUUAACAAAACAAACAGGUCAUCUUUCUUUCCCUAUAUAUGUGCUACAGGUUGUAUUUUAUUUGACUCAUACAAGAUUACGUACACAUAAAAUUAGCCACAAUUC